CUCCGAUCCCGAAUGCUCUGAAAGCUCGAGACUCGAGCUUUCCCUAAACCCUAAUGGCUCUUCAGCUCCAUCUCAAACCCAAAACCCUAACCCUAAGCUUAUCUCUUCGAUCCCUCUGCUCCUCCUCCUCUUCCUCCUCCAAUGGCGGCGGCGGCGGCGGCGGAGAGGGUGACGGAGAUCCAUCUUCCUCUCCUUCGCCGCCAUCCUACGCGUCCAUGUUCAGUGAUGUCAAAGAACGCCUGAGAUCACGUCGAGCUCCUCCUCGACGGAUCCCCACCGACCCUCCGCCGCCUCCUCCGUUCUCGAAGCCCUCGCCGCCGCCCUCCAUCGAAGAGGUCCGCAAGCAUUUGGCCGGUUUUCGCCUGAAAUCCUCCCCCGUUAAUCCCUCUUUGUGGUCCUCUCCCCCAAUUUCGUUUCAGGAGCUCUUCAAGAGUAACGUGAUCCCCCAAAACCAGAAUGAUGCCAAGUCUGAGCGCCCUUCCAUGGAUUCGAUCCGCGCGAGUCUCCGCCAGUUCAAGUCCUCCCCUGCCGACCAGCCCCCUGGGCGUCGUGGCCAGCUCUCGGGGUCGUUCAAUAUAAAAGCAUUCGAUGAGAGCUUGCGCAGGGGACUGACGCAGCGUGGUGAUGGGCGGCUUCCCGGAUCCAUAUUUGGAAAAGAGGUCAGGGAUAAGCAGGGCGAGGGUGAGGGGAACAAGGAGAAGGUUUCAAAAGAAACCGAGUUUGUGAAGAUGUAUGGAUGUGAUGAAUUGGGGGAGAAGUUGAGGAAGCUGAGACCUGAUGAGGCUGGGAAAGGCAAGACUGGUUGGUUUUCGUUGCAGGAGCUGAAUGAGAGAUUGGUGAAGCUCAGGGAGUUGGAAAUGAAGGAGUCACAAUCGAUAAUGAGUUUGUAUUUUAGCGAUCUUCAUGAUAGCUUGUCAAAGCUUAAGGAAGUUGAAGUUAAUAAAAAGGCAGCGGAUAUGCAGAAGAUGUCGAUUUUUCUAAACCUUGGUGUGCAAACGACGCCUGAUUUUAUGCGUGGGGAACCUCAAGAGCACCUUCUUGAAAAUUAUUUCCACCCGGAUCACAUGUCUUCAGCGGAGAAAAUGAAGCUGGAGCUACAGAAGGUUAGAGAUGAAUUUAAAAUGUCAGAAUCCGAUUGUGGGUCUGCACGAGUUCAAGUGGCACAGCUUACAACAAAAAUAAAGCAUCUGUCUGGAGUUCUACACAAGAAAGACAAACAUUCCCGGAAGGGACUCUUAGAUAUGGUUCAGCGUAGGAAGAAGUUACUCAAGUAUCUCCGGAGAACUGACUGGGACUCCUACUGCAUUGUGUUGUCAAAGCUCGGCCUCAGGGAUAUUCCUGAGUACAAAAUACCUGAUUACAAGAUGCAGAACAAAGAUUCCAAGGUAAAAUCUAAGAAAAGUGGCAAGCUAAAAUCCAAGAAAAAGAAAAAGGCUAAGAGCCGAUUAACAAUUCCCGCGUGAGCUGAAUUAUUAACUUCAUGUUGGGAUGUUAUGGAAUUUUUAUUUUUCCUUGAUUUUUAGUUCAUAAGCUUGAUCUUAUCGCGCUAUGAUUACUUAUAUUACAGACAUUUUAUUUUAUUUUUGUUUUAGUAUUAAAAACAGCAGGCCCAUUGUUACAUGAUGGAGAUGUGAUACACCUUUGUUUUAGUAUUACAGAGUGGUUUCAUU